UCGUGUCUUGGAUAUAUUCGUUGAAUACACACCACCUUCGAUAGCGACCCCCAAAUCGCAUCCGUGUCGACGACUCCCGUCUUUGCGCCAUCCAUCCCCCCCGGUGCAGCGUGAUGCUGCGUCUGUCAUCGGCUGUAGGCAAAGGCCGAGUCGCUCCUUUGCGCCAUGCCUCCCCGAGCCACAACCUGAAAGUGGGCAGAGCCCUUCCUCGGUAUACGCAGUUUCAGCGAGCGGCGUCGACAGUGACCUCGUUGGAGAACUUCCCGGAAGCAGGACAAUCCCUCCAUGGGUUCACCGUGCAAGAGAAGAAGCAUGUGCCCGAGCUGCACUUGACGGCAGUACGGCUGAGGCAUGACAAGACGGACGCGGACUACCUCCAUGUGGCCCGAGAAGACAAGAACAAUGUGUUCGGAAUCGGGUUCAAGACCAACCCGCCAGAUGCGACGGGUGUGCCUCACAUCUUGGAACACACCACGUUAUGCGGGAGCGAGAAGUACCCGAUCCGAGACCCUUUCUUCAAGAUGCUGCCGCGAUCUCUGUCCAACUUUAUGAAUGCCUUUACCGCCUCCGAUCACACGACGUACCCCUUCGCGACGACGAACCAGCAGGAUUUCCAGAAUCUCCUGUCCGUGUACCUCGACGCUACCCUCCACCCGCUGUUGAAAGAGGAGGAUUUCAGACAAGAGGGAUGGCGAUUGGGCCCGGAGGACCCCAAGGCCUUCCAGGGCGAAGGGCAAAAACUGGAUGAUAUUGUGUUCAAGGGAGUCGUGUACAAUGAGAUGAAGGGUCAGAUUUCGGAUGCGAACUAUCUGUACUACAUCAAGUACAAGGAGAACAUCAUUCCCGCGCUGAACAACUCGGGGGGCGACCCGCAGUACAUCACCGACUUGACGCAUCAGCAGCUGGUGGACUUCUCCAAGCGCAACUAUCAUCCGAGCAACGCAAAGAUCCUGACUUACGGUGACAUGCCCUUGAGUAGCCAUCUCAAGCAGAUCGGCAGUGUUCUGGAUGGGUUCAGCAAGGGGCAGACCGAGGAGUCCGUCAAGGCACCCAUUGAUCUUAGCAACGGUCCAAAGAACAUCACCGUCCCCGGUCCGAUCGACCCCUUUACCGGCGAGGACAAGCAGCACAAGACCUCCACUUCGUGGUACAUGGGCGAUGUCACCAACAUCGUCGAAACUUUCUCCGCCGGAAUCGUCUCUUCCCUGCUGCUUGAUGGUUAUGGAUCCCCCAUGUAUCGGGCGUUGAUCGAAAGUGGCCUUGGGUCGUCGUUCAGCCCUAACACGGGACUGGAUUCGUCUGGCAAGACCCCGGUCUUCUCCGUCGGUGUCACCGGAGUCAGUGAAGCGGAGGCCCCCAAAGUCAAGGAGGCGGUUCAGACUGUCUACCAGGACACGGUGGCAAACGGCUUCAGCGAUGAGAAGGUCCAGGGACUUCUUCACCAGUUGGAGCUGGCGCUGAGGCACAAGACCGCCAACUUCGGUCUUGGUGUGAUGGACAAAACGCUCAGCUCGUGGUUCAAUGGGUCGAACCCCAUGGAAGAGCUCGCCUGGAACGAGGUGAUUGAGGAAUUCAAGAGGAGGUACAGCCAAGGUGGCUACCUUGAGUCUUUGGUGCAGAAGUACCUCAUGAACGACAACUGCUUGACGUUCACCAUGGUUGGCUCGCCAUCCUUCGGCAAGGACCUUGACGCCGAGGAGAUGGCCCGGAGGGAGCAGAAGCUCACACAGCUCAUCGAGCAGCACGGAUCCGUGGAGAAGGCCGUCGCCACGCUUGGUGCAGAGGAACUCCAGCUGCUCAAGAUCCAGGAAGACGCUCAACAUGCCGACUUGAGCUGUUUACCCUCUCUUCGCGUCGAAGACAUUUCGCGGGAGAAGGAGCGCAAACCGUUGAGGGAGUCGAAGGUCGACGAUGUUGACGUCGUUUGGCGCGAGGCCCCUACCAAUGGGUUGACCUACUUCCAAGCCCUGAACGCUUUUGACGAGCUUCCCGACGACCUCCGCCUGCUGAUGCCUCUGUUUAACGACUGCAUUAUGCGACUGGGUACCGCAAACCGAACUAUGGAGCAGUGGGAGGACCUCAUCAAGUUGAAGACUGGCGGUAUCUCUACGUCGUCCUUCCAUACCUCGUCUCCGCUGGAGGUUGGACGCUUUAGCGAGGGCCUGCAGUUUUCUGGUUUCUCCCUGGACCAGAACAUCCCCGAAAUGCUCCAGAUUCUCACGACUCUCGUCACCGAAACCGACUUCACCAGCCCCUACGCCCCUGGUAUGAUCCAGGAGCUCUUACGACUGACCACGAACGGCGCCCUGGAUGCCAUCGCGGGUACCGGGCAUCGGUUUGCCCUCAACGCCGCGGCCGCCGGUCUCUCCCGCAGCCUGUGGGUCCAGGAGCAGCAGUCGGGCCUCGCACAGCUGCAGGCUACGGCUGACCUGCUGCGCGAUGCCGAGACGUCGCCGGAACGUCUUGCGGAGCUCGUCGAGAAACUUCGUCUCAUCCAGUCGUUCGCGAUUUCGCGGUCGUCCAACAUGCGUGUCCGCUUGGUGUGCGAACCCAGUAGCGCGACCCAGAACGAAUCGGCUCUGCAGAAGUGGUUGACCGGGCUGCCUCAGGUCCGCUCCCCCACGGCGACGUCGAGCUCGUUUGUCGACUCGACCACCAAGAGGGCGUUCUACGAUAUGCCGUACAAGGUCUACUACUCCGGGCUGGCCAUGCACACCGUCCCGUUCACGCACCCGUCGAACGCCCACCUCAGCGUCCUGUCGCAGCUGCUCACGCACAACUACCUCCACCCGGAGAUUCGGGAGAAGGGCGGUGCGUACGGCGCCGGAGCUAGCAACGGGCCCGUCAAGGGCAUCUUCGCCUUCACCAGCUACCGGGACCCCAACCCGCUCAACUCGCUCAAGGUGUUCCAGAACAGCGGUGUGUUCGCGCGCGACCGUGUCUGGACCGAUCGCGAACUCAGCGAGGCCAAGCUGGGUAUCUUCCAGGGUCUGGACGCUCCGAUGAGCGUGGACGAGGAGGGGGCGCGGUACUUCAUGAGCGGUGUGACCCACGAGAUGGACCAGCGCUGGAGGGAACAGGUGCUCGACGUGACGGCCAAGGAUGUGAACGCGGCGGCGCAGAACUUCCUGGUCGAUGGACCUGCGCGGUCCGUCUGUCUUCUGGGCGAGAAGAAGGACUGGAUCGAGUCGGGUGAGUGGGAUAUGCGCAAGCUGUCCAUGAAUCCUGGGGAGGGCGAGAUGGGUGACGGAGCAGCAUCUUCGUAAAUGACCGCAUCGGUGUUAUGUCGGGGUUGUAACAACAUUAUAUACCUGUAUCAUACUUUACACUUGUGCUUUAAGACCUGUAUAUAGACGAUCG